AUGCAAAUAAUCUUCAAAGACUUCAAGAAACAAAAGAUACCUAUCGAGGUAGAGUUGUCGGACUCUGUGUUGGCCACCAAGGAGAAAUUGGGCGCCGAGAAGGGCGUGGACGCUUCGCAACUCAAGUUUGUCUAUUCCGGAAAGGUUUUGCAAGACGACAAAACGUUGGAAGAGGUCAAGGUCAAGGAAGGGGAUUCCAUCAUUUUCAUGAUUUCCAAGGCCAAGAAGGCCACUCCCGCCCCAGCAGCCGAGCCAGCAGCCCCAGCAGCCCCUGCUGCCACCAGCACAACCGAAGCAACCGAUGCCCCCAGCGGAUCUGGCGAUGCUUCGUCAGAUGCCCCAAACUCGGCUCUUGCCCAAGGCUCUGAAAGAGAAGCCACCAUCGCCAACAUCAUGGAAAUGGGCUACGAAAGAUCACAAGUCGAGGCUGCCUUGAGGGCUGCCUUCAACAACCCACAUCGUGCCGUCGAAUACUUGUUGACUGGUAUUCCAGAGUCGUUACAAGCACCACCAGCAGCCUCUGCCGUUGCCCCACCACCUGAAUACUCACAAGAUGCCGACGUCUCGCGCGACGAAGACGACCACCACGGCGAAAACUUAUUUGAGGCUGCUGCCGCGGCCCAAGCCCAAGGUCAAGACCUCGAUGGUGGUGCUUCCGGAGACGCUGAACUGGGAGGUGACGAUAUGGAAAUGUUGAGAGCAGCCUUACAGUCGGACCCUGAAUUGAUGCAACCGUUGUUGGAGAGAUUGGCCCAAUCGAACCCUCAAAUCGCUGCCUUGAUCCAACAAGACCCAGCUGCAUUCAUAAGAACCUUUUUGGGUGCUGGAGGCGAUGACUUGGGAUUUGAAAUAGAAGGAGAAGACGCAGAGGGUGCGGCCGAGGGCCAGGUGCGUAUUCCACUCACCGAACAGGACCAGAAUGCUGUAGAGAGACUCUGUGAAUUGGGAUUCGAACGUGACAUUGUCAUCCAGGUUUACUUGGCUUGUGACAAGAACGAGGAAGUUGCUGCUGAUAUCUUGUUCAGAGAUAUGUAA